GACCCGACUCCGGGUCGGGUUGACUUCGAUCACAAGUUCGAUUUGAGACUCAAUACCUGCAUUGACCUGUACAGUGUCAUGGCGGAAGAGUUGUCUUCUAUAACCUCAAUGUACCUCGCAGAAAUAAUCAGAAAUUGUUUAUCUUACGAGAAAAUUGUGCGAGUCGACAAAUGAUAUCUCUAAUGGUUAGAUUAGAAAAUAAUAGCGUAAAUAUGAAAAUUGUUCGAGAUGAAUCCGGAAAAAUGAUUCAAUUGGCCGAAGGGAUUCUGUGCGAAUAUGUGGAUAGCGAUGGAAAUACCACUUUAAAAUUUGUACAAACAACAGAUUCGUGCUGUAGCGAAUCAUUGUCUGAAAUUGAAAGUGAAAACAUGCCAUGCAGUACAGCAUCAUUUAACCAUGAUAUAUCUACAUCGGAAAAAAAGAAUUCGCCUGGAGCUUCUUGGGAAGAUAAUGAAAGCAAAUAUUUGCUACAAUUAUACUAUGAAAAUAUUAAACAAAUAGGUCCAUUUUCCACAUUUAAAAAUAAGAAAUGUAUGUGGGAAUUUAUAAGUAAUGAACUUACAAAGAAAUAUGGAACUUUUCAUUCAUCCUUGCAGUGUGAAUACCGAUAUAAGAAUAUGUUAAAAAGAAGAAAUGCUGCAAAGAAAAAUAAUAAAAAAUCAGGAAAUAAAAAAUAUAAUGUAGCUUUUGAAGAAGAAUUUGAAUUAAUUAAUAGUAUCUGAUAGCAUUGAUGAUAGCAUUGAACCUGACGUUCGCUUUGGUAUAGGCCAGUAUACUAUUAAAAAAAGGAAAAUAGAUGCUUUGAGCAGUGACGAAGAAAUUGAAAAAAAAGUUCCGAAAUCUUCAAAUAUUGUUGCAGUAUUACGAGAUAUUAACAACGAGAAAGAAAAACAGAAAGAGCGUCGACACAAAGAAAAGAUAGAAGUUUUUCGAGAAUUAUUUUCCGCAAAUAAUAAGUAAAACAUAUUUUUACGA